ACCGGCUAAGACCAAGCGGAAAACGCGCUCGUCUACGGACGAGAACAGUCCUCCCGAAACCGCUGUGAGGACAAUAUCUACAACACCACGCGUCCAAACGCGCGCGCACGUCUUGCGAUCGCCGUUGUGAAACAAUUCAUCGAGUGUACUUGCAGUGCGCGAAUACUUCUUGUGGUGGUUCACCUCGAACAGGAUGUGGGUGCAGCAGGGUGAUAACAGGCAGGCCCCCGACCAGCCGGUCAGUCUGAAGGACUCUCCUCUGUUGGCCAGGGUGCGAAGGGCCAUGAUAAGGCAGGAGGACGAGACGCUGAGGCCUCCUAGAUCUCUCUUGGGACAGAGUCUUCUAGCACCCAUGUUCGACAAAGAGACCGUCCACGCCAUCAAGAAAGGCCUACUUUGGCACCAAAGAGACAGACUGUUCAGCAGAUGGAAAGAACGUUACUUCAUCCUUACCAGAGACUACCUCCACUGCUUCAGACGAGCCUCUGGAUCGGAACGCAUAUCAGAAAUGGGACAGUUUUUGUUGAAGAUAAAAUUAGUAGACGUUGAAAAGGUAGAAUGGGAGAAUAAAAAGACUUACAGCGCCAUCGUCCUGAAUUUCGGAAGAGACGGCAAAAUAUUUCUUAGGGCCACUGAGGGUCUGGAAGAGUGGUUCGAAUAUCUUGAGGAGUGUACGUUGUCGAGCAAGGAGAGACGAAAAGCUUUGAGGCAUUCACAAGAUGGCAGACCAAGGGAAAAUAAUAAUAUUACGCCUUCUUUGGACGAUUGGUUGACGAAUAGGCAGAAAAUCCCCACCGCCCGGGUAUCUACAGACACUGUCAGCACUAGGAAUCAAGAAGACUAUAGCAGCUUUUUGCGUAAACGUGAUUGGACUCCUAGAGAUUCUGACUGGGACCAUCCCUCACUGGAUAACAGACUAUCACUGCUUACUGAUAUUGACAUCAACACCUACGAUGACAGUACUCUAGAAGCGCCAUCUGUUACAUCGUAUAGACUGAGCAAAGAUGUUUUGUGUAUUCAACCACCAUCACUUCGGCCCUCUGGAUCCUUCAGGUCAACGAGAGAUAGCGCACCAGUUAAUUCCACGAAGAGAUGUCAGCCGAAAAUCGAAGAGAGGCCAUGUCACUUUAUAAAAUAUAGAGAACGAUCAUACAGUGACAUCCAACGAGUAGACAAGCGAUCGCUGCGAACCCUAGGAAUGAACCACGCUGAGAUGAGGCUGAAAUGAUUUCCCCGCAAGAUGUCGCACCUAGUCAUAACCAAAGCCAUCUAUAAAUGAUUCGAAUGCUGAUUCCCCAAAACAUUUGGUAUACGUAUUCCCCAUGUAAUCGGAUGUGUAUCGAUUAGAUAAUGAUUAUUCAAUACUCCCUUUGUACACUUUUUGUAAUUUUGCGGUAAACUCCCACAUCAUAGUGAAUAUAUUAUGUAAUCACCAUCAGGUUCAUAAGAUGAAAAUAUUUAUGGUAUUUUUUUCAUCAAAGAUACUUUUAAAUUUCUCCUUUUCUUUCAUAUUUUGAGAGUAUUCUGUAGGUAAAAAUGUUUCGAAUAUGUUACUCAUUAUUGUCAAUCAAUGUUUGUGAUAUUAAUGAUAGUUGUAGGUAAUAUUAUUAUGUUGAAUGGUUCCGAAGUGGCUUCUGUUCAUUUUCAUGGAUUUUUGCCUCCGAACAGUGAUGGAGGUGAAGAAGUGAUAAGAAAUUUUAUAGAGAUAUUGUUUAAUUUAUAUAGCAAUUUACUCAUGUUAAGUAGAAAAACGAUUUGAUUUCGAAUAAAGACGAAUAUGCUGGUGAAA